AUUAUUAAGUUUGUUCGAUUGCAGACUAAAUUUUUCGCGAAAAAGACUAAAAUGGAGUUGGUGCGUUUGGCACCGUUCGCCCGUGCCGGAUUUUCUAAGUUAUUGAUGCCACCUGUGGUUCCCGCCCGCUUCGGAAUUCGUUUGUUGGGUCAGGAUGCGAAAACCGGAAUUGGCAGGCGACUGAAAACAAGAACGCUCAGGGAAACCGUAUCGACCCCGGCAAGCCAAACGCCAUUUAACAUUGGACAAGGUAUAGCUGCUGGUGCUGGAGUCAUUGGCCUUGGAGCUCUUUGUUACUAUGGUCUCGGCCUUUCCUCAGAAACUGGCGCCUUGGAGAGAUCUUACUUAUGGCCUCAAUAUGUGAAGGAGAGGAUCCAAACCACAUACAUGUACGUCGGUGGAAGUGUGGUUGCUACCGCAGCUUCAGCUGCUGCUUGCCUAAGGUCGCCCACAGUGAUGCGACUGGUCUCUCGCAAUUCCUGGGUGGUAUUGGGUGCAUCGAUUGCUGCCAUGAUUGGAAGCGGAAUCGUGGCGAGGAGCAUACCGUACGAACCUGGGUUUGGGUCUAAGCAAUUGGCUUGGUUGGUACAUUGUGGUGUCAUGGGUGCGGUCAUUGCUCCUAUGGCAUUAGUUGGUGGCGCCAUCCUUAUUCGGGCUGCCUGGUACACCGCUGGAAUUGUGGGAGGCUUGUCAACGGUCGCUGUAUGCGCCCCUAGCGAGAAGUUCUUGAACAUGGGCGGACCCUUGGCUAUCGGCUUCGGCUUAGUCUUCGCUGCUUCGAUUGGAACGUUUUUCUUGCCCCCUACGACCAUGUUUGGAGCUGGGCUUUACAGCAUCGCGCUUUACGGAGGACUGGUUCUUUUCAGUGGAUUCUUGUUGUACGAUACUCAACACAUCGUCAAGAGUGCUGAAACCUACCCGUACAAUGGCGUCAAUGGUCGUCCGUAUGAUCCCAUUUCUGGCGCAAUGAGGAUUUACAUCGACACUCUGAACAUCUUUGUCCGGAUGGUGACCAUCCUUUCAGGCGGAGGAGGUCGCAGGAAGUAGAGAACGAAUUUUGUGAUGAAAAGGAACUUCGUGGUCGAAAUGGAAGAGCGUGUUUUUCUUAUCACGAUGAGCGCUCUUUAAGGGAUGCUAUUACUUCGGUUGAUUUUAUUUGGUGUUUGAGCGGAUUUCCGAGUCAUCUCGUUGAUCCGUGAUUAAUCGCGGAAAUUUAAUCCUCGCUGUUCUCUUCGAGUAGGAAGAAAUUUAAGCGUUCGUUAUGGAAUAUACAUGGUGUGUGAUUUUUUUCAGUUUGA